ACGGGCAACUUGUAACGUUUGUGAUUUCGACGUCCUCAAACGAACGUCGAGACGUGUCAUAUUGUUUUACACGUGCCAUCUUUUACACUGUCUCUCUUAAGACUUCAUUACUUGGAGAGAGAUAGUUUCGUAAGCCGCACAACAAUGAAGAAAUUCUCGUAUCGAGUGUCUUUUUAAUUUUUACUUUCUACGAGAUUGAUUAGUGUCAAAGCUUUUUAGAUAGCCACUACUGAUCGUGGAAGUUGCCGUUUGAUCGCAAAAGGAUUAGGAAUAAGCAGCAUUUCGUUAGUCCGAAUUUCUCUCGUUGAAACCAUAAUCGCGCGUGGCAUGUGAUCAUCUAAUUGCCGCUCUCGUAUAGCAGCGGAAUUAUUAUCGUCCAGGAAAGAACCGCGUCAUCGUCUUAUCUUUGAUCGAUCCCUGUCUAACGAUAUAUUUCUCUUGGUGAAAGUGUUCAAAUAAAGUGCCUUAUGUUUGCUCUGUGCGAAGCGUAUUUACUUCGCUCGAUGUGUCCUCCAGUCAAAGGUGAUGUGAUGAAUCGUCGCAAGUGAGAAGAGAAAAGGAGACGCGCUUAUAUUCCCAAUUGGCAUGGUAGAGUGACUGUUUUACGGGGUGGUGGUGGACGGCUGUCCGCAAACCUUCCCUAUUGUGCUCAACAGACCGGAAAGACACAAUUCCGCGAAGGUGGUUCGCGUGGCGAGGCAGGACAAGGACGCGACGAUGGCAGAGCGUCCUGGUGGAGGCAGGAGACGCUCACGUCGCGACAGCGCGGACUCGAUACGCGGGACACCGCCCACGUCCAAAGAUCGCAGAACCAAACGGUCCGGCAAGCCCGUCAAGGAACGAUGGCUGCUCACCAGAAAGACAUGGCGAUACAUGGCCGAUGCCGGACGUCGUCUCAUCCCUGACGGCACCCAUAAUCGCCCAGAGGACAUACCAAAGAUUGAGCAAUAUUUUCAAGAGGUAUGCCAGAAAGAACCGCGUUUCCUGCUUUGGAGAAAGGCCUCGUAUCCUGGUAGUCUGGGCAUUCGUGCCCAGCGGCGUCGUAAACAGAUCAAAGGCGGCAGUUGUCGAACCCAGGCUAGCUCAGCCGACGAGGCCGAUGACGCCCGGAGCUCGCCACAGAGCUUCGUCCUUUGCGCGACCACGUCUGGCAAAUUUGAUCUGGCAAAGGCAAAGAGAGAGUGGCUGCUGACGUCAGGCGGUAGCAACAGCGGCGGUGGCGAUGGUAGUAGCGACGGCGGCGGUGGCGGCGGCAGCGGUGGUGGCGGUGAUGGCGACGGCGAUGGCGACGAUGGCAGCUCGCCACCGAGUCCGGUAGCGCGUCGCAGGACACCUCAGGAGGACAUCGAGGCCAAGGAAUUGGCCGAUAUGCUACAGAAGUACCUGAACAUGCAGGGUGACACCGCGGCCAAUCCGGCGAGGAUGGCUAUCAAGUCACAAGGGACAGUCGAACAGAUGGAAGGGAAAGAGCCCUUCGACUAUCGUAGUUUGAUAGACAAGCUGGAACAGCAUCUAAAUACGAUUGUUGCUCAGGCUAAACGUGAAAAGGUUUCCUUUAGUCAAAGUACUCGUAGCGGGAAAGACGUGGUUCCGGCAUCCAUGUUGCCAUACCAGGGCGAUUACGUUCAUAAAUCACUAUUAGAGACAUUGAGUCGUUACUAUAGCAAAUCAUCUUCCCGGGAGCACGUUAUAUCCAAUAUCUUGACAGAUCGAAAGCUCCUCGAAAAACUUUAUUUCGAUCUGAGGUGUACCAGAGGCUUCAGGGGACCCCGAGCGACCGGUGCAUAUACCUCGCCGUCCGCUCGAUGGUGGGUUCACGAGAGAAAUAGAGCAGCUACCAAAGAAUCUAGUAAUCGGUCAGCCAGAAGGGACCCGAUCUCACCACCUCUAAUCGCUGUCCAGGGACCUAGCACCGACCGAAGCUUUCUCGAUAAUGGCGUGCAAACCGACCCGAUUUCUCAAGGUGUCCUCGACAUGUGUCUGUUGGAGAAGGAGAAAGAAGAGUCCUCGCAAAAAGAGCAGAUGUUACAUAAGUCCAGCGGACGAAGACGCAGUAGUGUCGACAACGAUGACGUAUCGCCGUCCGUGGGCGAUACUAUCAAGCGGUAUCUGCGGAUGGCGCGGAAAAAGUCUAUGGACUCGGACAAAAUCGAUCGAUUUAAGAGGGUCAAUUAUGAUCGGAAUUUACGCAACAUCAAAGCCAAGGGUGAGAUUACCAAGCCUGGCGACGACGACGGCAAUAACAAAGGCUGCCAGACGGAGGAUAAUUGGGUGGUGCAUUAUCGCGAGAUGUCCUCUUUCAGUCCCGGCGAGAUCCCGUCCGAGAAUUUAUCGGACGCUGACACGACGACGUCCCCGCCAGUCAGCAGGAACGCCAGUUCCAGAAGCAGCAUCGACGCCGGCCUCGGUUCCGAGGAGAUUUCCACCCCCGUUAAGCAUCCUCAUCACCAUCAAUCCUUCCUGUCCCAUCUCCUGCAUGGUUCCAACACGCAUAAAGAUAAGCCGCAUUCGGCACCCGGUUCGCCGGCACUCACGUCAUCGUCCGCCAAUUCCGCAGGUGGCACAGCGAUGCAGAAGAGCAAGUCCUCGAGUAGCGUGGUGCAUCACGGCAGCCGGCUGGUGGCAAAGAAGAUUUGGCGGUCCAGGAGCAAGAGCACAUCGAGAGCAUCGCAUCAGCCGUCUGUGUGGACGCCUCAGGGAAAAUGUACGUGGGCAGGCACAGGGAGUCGGCGUGUAACUCUACAAGACACAUUGCUGCGAUCGCUAUCCGAUGUCGAGAGGAAAGUGCUCUGCAAGGUAGCCGUGGCGAAGCUUCAAGCUCUUAAUCUGGGUGUACAUAUUAGACCGCCGAGCGAAUCGCUCGGCACCGGGGCAGUGACCACGAAACCAAAGAGACGGGCGUACUUGCUAAAGAGGAAGGCUCUCACUACGGGCUUCUUCGACAACAAAGGGAAGGAUGAGAAGGAAAAAGACGUCGCGGGUGGUCUGGUGUUUGGUAUACCGCUCUCGCAGUGCAUAGAGAACGAUAGGAUUGCUAGAAUCGCCGCCGGAGAAGUCACCGAUGUCGGUUGUUUAAGCAGAAGUAGUAGGCAUGGAAGUAGGACCAGUUUUUCUAGUCUUAUAGAAACACCAACGACUGUGGCGGCGAAAACGGAAGAGGGAGGUUCCUGCGAGUCCCUGUCAUCGAAAGGUGGUGCUCUUACAGGAAGCGAUUCCGGAGGGCUCGAGCUGAGUGACAGUGGCGGAGGAUGUCUCGCCAGUGAGUGGGACGUGGUACCAGGUAUCGUGAGGCAAUGCAUUAGGCACCUCGAGGCCACCGGUCUCCGGACGCUAGGCGUGUUUCGCGUGUCACCCUCGAAAAAAAGGGUGAGGCAGUUAAGAGAAGAUUUUGAUUGCGGUCGGGAGACAAAGAUAGGUGCCGAUCAAUGUCCCCAUGACGUAGCUACCCUCUUGAAGGAAUAUUUCCGUGAUCUGCCGGAUCCUUUGCUUUGCAGGGAUCUAUAUCAGGCCUUCGUACACACUCAAAAGAUCAGAAACAGGCGACUGCAGCAGGAAGCUUUGCAGCAUCUUAUACAACUUCUACCCACGCCCAAUCGCGAAACUCUUUGGGCACUUCUGAACUUUUUGAUCGUCGUUGCGGCGAACAGCGAGGACCAAAAGGACGAGACAGGAGAGUGGAUCUCUGGGAAUAAAAUGGACACGACGAAUCUCGCGACUGUAUUUGCGCCAAAUAUUCUGCACUGCGUGAAACCCGGUCAAAUGAGGUCGGAGGUCUCAACGGAAAGGGCCGAGGAGAGAAUAGAUGUGAUAAAUGUGGUGCGAACACUUCUGGAACACACGUCGACAUUGUUCACCGUACCAGCGGCACUAUUGGACGAAGUAUACCAGCACAUGAUGGAUACUCAUCCGGCGGAGUUGGAUAUCGCUUUGUCUCAUCGCGUCGAAGAGCAAUGCGGAGAUGAAGUAGAUCCUUGUAGCGAGGCGGAGACGUUUUCGGUUGAGGAGACGCUGACUAUGUCGACAACUACUGCGUCGACAACGACAACGAGAAAGAUGUGGACGAGAGAACAAUGUUUACAUCAGACCGCGGGUGUUGGCGGUGAUAUUGGACCAAAGCACCGACGGCCAAAGAGACCAGGAAGUCGAAGGAAGGAUGAGAGUAGGAGCAACAGUGUCGAUAGCGGAUCGAGCGAGGAUCCGUCCGAUCUUCGGCGAAGAUCCUCGCCGAUAGUGAUUACCGCCAGUCUCACCAUACCCAUGUCCGACGCGUUUACCUUGAACCUCGACGACCCGGACAUUCCGUACAUCGAGGAAGCACCAAAGCAACCGAGCGCUCCCCCGAGGCGACAAAGGCAGAGAUCCACUUCUGGUUGCAGCGAAGGAGGAAGACACGGAAGUGACAGUGCCGUGGGCUCUUCGGCAACUCUGUCGGGCGAUCAGACGUUGAGUUCCCCGCCCUCAUGGGCGUCGUCGCCGCCGGCGAGCCCCGACAGCGCAGUCACCGCUGUUUCGUACAUCCCGGAUCAGCAGGCGGUUCUCCAGAAAGUCUCAUUCACGACCUCGAGUGAAGUAAGGCAGGUGAACAGAUCGACCGGCCAACAGGAAGCGAGUAGGAGUGCAGCGGUGCCGUACACGCCAAGCAUCACUAGCAUCGGCGGUGCGGUUUUAAGGUCCAAGACCGCCGACAUCGAGAGAAUGCUGCAGAUCUCGCGAUCGGAUGUCGAGCCCACGAUCCUGCAAACGAGCAAGAACUCGACGGUAACCUCCAGCGAGAGCAAGAAGUAUACGAAGAGGCGAUACACGGACUCGAGGCAUCAGACGCGCCACAUACCCGACGCCGACACCCUGGCUGGCAAGACAACGACGCUUGGCAUGACAUCCACGUCGGCGAUGUCGUCGCCUUCGUCUCCCGCCUCCUCGGCGGUAUCGACGCAGAAGCAACGCGUGCCAGCGCAACCGGUGUGGAAGAGGCGAGAAUUGAUCUCCAGUGCUCCAAAGGAUAGGGAGGGAUACUUUUAAUUUAUUGUCUGCGAUUAUAAAUAUCGAAUUGAGAUUCGAAAUUGGCUGUCGAAUAUCAUCGACAGAUCAUACGGUACGUAUAAUUGCAAUAGAUGCCUCCGACGUAAAUAGCGAUCUACAUAUAUUAUUUAUCUUUAAUAGUGAACAAAUUCUAUUUCUUAAAAUUUAAUUAUGUUGAUACAUUUAAUUUUACCGUUAAAAUUCCACGUACACAUAUUAAUAGUUGAUAAACUUAUAUGUGCUCCGAAUUAUUUUAUAAAAUGAAAUACAAAUUUUGAAAAAAGAGAGAUAUUUGUUUUCACAAAAUGGUGUUUUUAUUUAUGUCUCUUCCAAUUGCUGUUGUCAAAUUGUACGAUCCAUUCUAUCGUGUGAUAAUAAUAAAAAAAUAAUUAAUGCACCAUUUUUCACAUUCGAUGACAUCAGAUUGUAUCGUCUCGUACACACACGACCUCGAAUUUUGAUUCGAUGAAUGGGACAGUCACUGCCGAUCAGGCGUGGCCUGGAAAAGUGUUCCUUAAUGCGUUUCUCAUACUUUCGCGAGAUCGCACGAUUUAUUAGUAUAUCACGAGAUACUUUGCUGGUUCCUAGACUAGUGCCGUCCUCGUGUUCGCGAAAGAUCUCCGUGACGAUAUGCGCAUUCUCGUUUCAUAGCGAGAGUUUUAUCGACCCUUCGCUAGGACCUUGACAAAGUUAAGAUAACGGAUGCUCGCGCGAAGGGACAAGAGAAUCGGCGUGAAAGGUAUAGAGAACAUCGUCUUACUUUUCGCGAUAGAAGUAUUAAUUAUCGCGAGCUCGAUGUCAGCUUGAAAAUCGUUUUUUCCGUUGUACUUACCUGAUUGAAAUUGUUAUCCGACGAUAGCGAUGAGAAACUUAUUCGUCUUUUCUAAUUCGUUCUCUCUACGAUUUACUAUCAUGAAUAUUGUCGUGAGAGACGUGCGUUAUAUUAUAUUAUCAGUGUCGUUAAGUUUUCUUUUCCAGUGUCUGUAAGUUAAUAAAUAAAAGUUAAUUUUUUUAU